UUGGUGGGGGCCUGGCGAGGGAAUCGACAUAUCCGGGAGGAGUUGUUGUGGGGACCUUUACGUGGGCAUGCGCCGGUUCCACUUUCGGGAGAGAAAGUGUGCAUGUGAAUAGGUGACGUAACGGUUUGCCACUCUAUUGCUCUAAAGACUCUAUGGUUGCAACAAUGCCUCGCGAUCCUCCUCAACCACGCAUGCAUUAGGUUUUUUUCCACCACAAAGGCCACAAGGGGGUGGCGCAGGCGCCCUGUCAGUCCCCAAGACUAGGCGAAAAAAGAAGGAUUUGGCUUAUGCGCAGUGAGGACGUCUGGGACUUAUUUCAUCCGGGGCGGUGGCGACGGCGAUGACGGAAGAGGAGGUGGAAGAACGGAAGCCGGGAGGGGACUAGGGCGGAAGGGGACCAGGUCCAGGGCUGUGUCCGCAGCCUCGGCGGGACAGGGGUUCCGAUGUGGUCCCCGGGGCAGGAGUCCGAGGCCCCAGCCGGGGGGGACCCGGCGGGGCUGCUGCCCCCAGUGGGAGGAAGAUGAAGAACGGAUGUCCUUCCUGUUCUCCGCCUUCAAGAGGAGUCGGGAGGUGAACAGCACCGACUGGGAUAGCAAGAUGGGCUUCUGGGCGCCGCUGGUGCUGAGCCACAGUCGCCGCCAGGGGGCGGUGCGUCUGCGCCUGCGCGACCUUCAGGAGGCCUUCCAGCGCAAGGGGAGCGUCCCGCUCGGGUUGGCCACGGUGCUCCAGGACCUGCUCCGCCGAGGGGAGCUACAACGGGAAUCAGAUUUCAUGGCCAGUGUGGACAGCAGCUGGAUUUCAUGGGGAGUAGGUGUCUUCCUGUUGAAGCCUCUCAAAUGGACUCUUUCUAAUGUGCUGGGGGACAACAAGGUCCCUGCUGAAGAGGUGCUGGUGGCUGUGGAGCUGCUUAAGGAAAAAGCAGAGGAUGUCUAUCGUCUGUAUCAGAACUCUCCAAUCUCCUCUCAUCCUGUGGUGGCCUUGUCAGAGUUGAGCACCCUCUGUGCUAGUUCCUGCCCAGAUGAGCGAACCUUCUAUUUGGUGUUGCUCCAGCUGCAGAAAGAGAAGAGAGUCACUGUUUUAGAGCAGAAUGGUGAGAAGAUUGUGAAAUUUGCCAGAGGGCUACAUGCCAAGGUCUCCCCAGUAAAUGAUGUAGAUGUGGGGGUGUACCAGUUGAUGCAGAGUGAACGGCUGCUCUCACGGAAGGUGGAGUCCCUGUCCCAGGAAGCAGAGAGAUGUAAAGAAGAUGCCCGACAAGCGUGCCGAGCUGGAAAGAAGCAACUGGCACUAAGGCAUCUCAAGUCUAAGCAGAGGACGGAGAAGCGCAUUGAGGCACUACAUGCCAAACUGGACACAGUGCAAGGCAUUCUGGAUCGGAUCUAUGCUUCCCAAACAGAUCAAAUGGUUUUUAAUGCCUAUCAGGCUGGUGUAGGGGCCCUCAAACUUUCCAUGAAGGACAUCACAGUGGAGAAAGCAGAGAGUCUGGUGGACCAGAUCCAGGAGCUCUGUGAUACCCAGGAUGAAGUUUCUCAGACUCUGGCUGGGGUGGGGAUAAAUGGCUUAGAUAGUGACAGCGAGGAACUGGAGAAGGAACUGGACAUUCUCCUCCAGGACACCACCAAAGAACCUCUGCAUCUGCCUGAUACUCCCCACAAGCCAUUCUUCUCCACCAAUGUGCCUAAUCCCAGCAUUUCAGAUGCUGAGCUAGAAGCUGAGCUGGAGAAACUGUCCCUGUCAGAAGGAGGUUUGCUUCCAAGCCAUGAAUCCUCCAAAAGACAGCUGGAACCCACUCUCUAAUGCUAUCCCAGGACUUCUACAUUAAGGAGAUAUCAGGCGUGUGUGUUUGUACAUAGUUAUUUAAUUGAAAAACUCUCAGAAUUUGAUGGGAUGGGGAAGAAAGACUACUCCAUUUAGCUGGAUACUACCAGUUACUACAGGACAGAAGUAAUUUCUGGAAGUUAUGCUCCAAAGGCUUGCUCCUAGCUGGUGUCAUGGACCUGUCUGUCUUCUCAUCUUUAUAGUGCCACAAUCUAUGAUGUCCUGUGUUUGACCUAUUGUUCCAUAUAGCCUGCAAUCCUUGACUUUGGCCCAGUUAUGUUUGUCUUCACCCACCAGCUCCCACUAGAAUUUUGUUCCAACCAACAAAGGUGAGAGAUUGCAGACAGUUUUUCUCCCGUUGGUUAGAGGGACUUGUCAUCUUUACCCGUAGGUGUUUAUAAGUUUACUUAAGUAAACAACUUAUUCCUACCCAUUUCCAUUUUCACUGGUGAGGAGAAUCAGACAAGUUUUAUUCAAGGGGACUUAACUGCUGCUUCUUCAAGGAGAAAACAAACAGUGCAAAAGUUUCUGCUCUUUAUUAUCAUUGCAUCAAGUUUUUUAGGCUCAAAAAUGGUCACCCUUGAGUAAUUCAAGGUGGUGGCACCUCUGGCUCUCAUUGACUCCCAUUUCAUUUUGUGCAGAGGGGGAGAGAAUUCUUCUUGGCCUUUGAACUUGGGGUGGUGAGACCUAGGUGAUUGUGGAGCCAUCCUAUGUGGAUUGUGGAUGGCCAGGUCCCACCUCUUUUAAAGCAAGAGGCUGCCCCCUUGCUCUGCCUUUGUUGGGGUAUGGUCAGAAGACACUGAACACACUACUCAACAAAAUCUCUCUUCUGUGAGCCUGUAAAACAAGAGUGAGUUCUUUGCUCAAGUUUCAGAAGAAUUUUCUUUUGCAGAUAGACCACUGCUAAGGGUAGGGGAAUCUGAGCCAAUUUGUGCAAUAGAAGCAGAAGGGUUUGCCCUUCUGCCAUAUUGGUAUAUGCCUCCCACAUUCUAUUUAUUUGUCAGAACACACACUACCUAUUGUUGCCGCUUGAGGCUACCAUAUUCUUGCUUCUGUCUCUGCCCUUUGGUCAAUUGGGGACAGAGCAGGAGUUGGGUGAAACAGUAGUCUGGAGAAGAGAAGAUGGCGGCUACGUUGCCACUGUGGCUGCAGAAGCACAAGUAUUUCUGCCUAAGCUAUUUGCUCUGGCCCCCAAAGUGAUAUGGAACAGAGGGAAAGAAGGAACUUACUCCAGGGCAGGAGCAAGACUCAUGGUCAACAAAUUUCUGUCCCGUUCCACCUUGAUAAAUAGAAGUGUUGGGGGUGAAGAGAAACAAUCACUAUUUUUUCCCCUUUUCUAUCUGGUACAUAAUUAAAAGAAAAAAGAAA